AUGUGCUGCGCAUGCGCCUCAGGCCCCAGUUCCCGCCUGCAUCGCCGCGCGUGUGGACCUCAGGCAGAGACCAGGCCGGUGAACCAGGGGGCGUGGGGCCAGGCUCACGGAGCAAGUGACUUAGAACCUGACUGGGAGACAGUGGGAGCUGGAGAUAUCACACUUGGAGACUAUGUUUGGGGAGCGGUGGCUAUUCCAUUGUCCUGGGGAGCCGACUCUCGCGUAGUAGAGAACGAGGAACACAGAGGACGAGACCACAGCUCUGCAGGCCUGGGAGCCGAAGCCGUCCGGCGUCAGAACCCUGCCGGCGUCACCAUGCCGUCCUGA